GAAGGGUUUGUCUAGUCGAGCCAAUCAGGUCCCUCCCCUGCCAUAGAUCGCAGCUAUAAUACAUAGCAGUAAAGGCAGACUCUUCGCACAAGCGUCUGUAGCCUGCCUAGCAUUUGAUUCAGAACCUUUUUGUCUUUUUUCACGCUGCAACGACCAGACUCCGAUGUGUUCCGUUAUCAACGACCAGAAGCUGUCAUUUCCGCACCUGCCACGGUAGGGAUCGGUGGAUAGUAAAAGAACCAGAAGAGAGGCAAGGGCAUUGGAAGCGGGGAAGCGAGAGCUAGCGAGCGAGAGAGACGAGCGAGAUCCAGAGACUACCAGCGAUAUAUACAUAAAGCUUUGAAGUAAUUAGAUUCGAUGGACGAAAUGCUGCUGUUAACAAGAAUUGUGCUGGUAGGCUUCGUCUGCUUGUCCUUCGUGUCCUCUGGGUUGGCUUGUGGACCAGGCAGAGGCUACGGAAGGAGAAGACACCCGAAGAAACUGACACCUUUAGCUUACAAGCAGUUCAUUCCCAACGUUGCCGAGAAGACCCUUGGGGCCAGCGGCAGAUAUGAAGGCAAGAUCACUAGGAACUCUGAGAGAUUUAAGGAACUGACUCCUAAUUACAAUCCUGACAUUAUCUUUAAGGAUGAAGAGAACACUGGCGCGGACAGGCUUAUGACACAGAGAUGUAAGGACAAGCUGAAUUCAUUGGCAAUUUCAGUCAUGAACCAGUGGCCAGGAGUUAAACUGCGGGUGACAGAAGGCUGGGACGAGGAUGGACACCAUUUCGAAGAGUCUUUACACUACGAGGGAAGGGCCGUGGACAUCACUACCUCAGACAGAGACAAAAGCAAAUAUGGCACGCUGUCGAGGCUUGCGGUGGAGGCUGGAUUCGAUUGGGUCUAUUAUGAAUCUAAAGCUCAUAUUCAUUGUUCUGUCAAAGCAGAAAACUCUGUUGCUGCUAAAUCUGGAGGCUGCUUCCCAGGGUCGGCUUCAGUUACCCUCAAAGAUGGAAGUAGGAAACUGGUCAAAGAUCUUAAAGCUGGCGACAAGGUGCUGGCCGCGGACGGUGAAGGAAAGCUCACAUAUAGUGACUUCGUUAUGUUCGUGGACCAAGACUUAGAAUCACGAAGAGUGUUUUAUGUCAUUGAAACGAAAGAACCGCUCAAGAAGAUCAUCCUUACCGCUGCGCAUCUUCUCUUUGUUGAGAAUAACGCAACGGAUAACUUCGAUACUAUGACCGCAAUAUUUGCCAGCAACGUCAAGCCUGGACAGAAGAUAUUCGUGGUAGAUGAUACACACAACCAACUGAAGUCUGUCACAGUGGAAAGGAUUUAUAUGGAAGAACACUACGGCUCAUUUGCUCCAGUCACCGCUCAAGGAACCAUUGUGGUUGAUCAGAUACUCGCAUCCUGCUACGCAGUAAUAGAAGACCACAAGUUGGCGCACUGGGCCUUCGCACCUGUCAGGCUAAGCUACGGACUGACGUCAUUAUUAUUUCCGAAAGCUUAUUCAGUGUCGAACAGCACCUUUCAGGAAAACGGUGUCCAUUGGUACUCCAAGAUUUUAUAUCAAAUAGGAACAUGGGUUCUGGACAGCCACUCUCUUCAUCCACUGGGGAUGUCAAUAAACUCAAGUUGAAACGUCUAACAGCAAUGCGAAAUAAGACUUAUGUAGGAUAAUAAAUGAAAGUAGAGAUAAAGACAGAGGCCCCGGAGGAGAUGGGAUAUUUAUUUCAUUGACAUUUACAUGUGUCCUUUUCAAAGAAUAAAUGGACCUGCAAGAGCCUUAAAACUUUUCUUUGAAUAAUUUAUUCUCAUGUGAACUCUCGCUGGUACCACGCGAAUGGAUUCUAAUACUGUGUGACCAGUCAAUUGUGCAGAAUCUAUUUUUGUAUUAUAUCACGAGUUAACCGCAAAGAAAAAAAAGAGAAAUGUAAAAAGAGAAAACCUCUUGACAGUUUGUAAUGUUCUGUGCAUAUGUGCAUCUGACUGUUAUAUUUUGGGGGAUAAACAUACUUCUUGGGGGUCCAUAAAUUAUAUUUUUAUACACAGAAUUGUAAAUUAGAUUUUGACAGAUCGUUACUUACGGAAUCACAUUUCGUUAUUUGAAAUAGUGUAAGAUACGAGAAUAUAUUUUAAUUUAAAUAGUUACAAAAAGUCUUGGAAAUCUUGUAUUGUUUUGUGUUUGUUAAGAUUUUUAUUCUUUUGUGAACUGUUUGGUUAUGGCUAAUUUGCUAAAGCGGGGAAGAUUCCAUAUUCUGCCUCGUGUCCACACUACUUUUUUUUGUUUCUUUUAUUUUCUCUUUCGUUUUCUGUUUUUAUUUGGAAAAAAAAAUUAAAUGCACAUUCUGACAGUUUCGUAAUAUGAUAUAGUAGUACAGAACAAGAUGUUUCAUUAAUAAAUUAAUAAGUAACUGCUGUAAAUUUACUAAAAUGUAUUUUUUUUCAUAUUUUGUAAUAGGAAAAUAGUUUUAUAGAAAUAAAAUGCGGCAGAUGCACAGUUUGGAUAGUAGCUAUAUGAUACAUAAGGUAACCGUACCAGUUAACUUUCAUAACAGGGCGAGAUGUCAUAAAGAAAUGUUUAGAGUUUAUUAUUUAUAUGUUUACUACGAAAUGAGAUAAAGAAAAUAUUCAAACUUUCAUCUGUUACAUGUUUUUGCUUUCCAUAAAUACACCAAGAAUAAAAAUGAAUGGUAUUAUCUCCUGCAGCUUUACCCAGUAGAUAAGGGUCAAAUAAUAAUAUUUGUGUCUACAAAUACUAACACCAGUAAUUGCUUAUUUGCAAGUAAACAGGACACCAAUGGUAUUUUAAUCAGUUCCUAAAAAGCUUUUAUUUAUUUUUUGUUUUUUUUUGCUUUUUGGAACUACAUUGAUGUCAGUAUUUUGAAAGGUUUAUGUAAACCUACUCAGCCCUCAUGCUUUAAAAAGUAUCCCUUUGGAGUGUUUUGACUUAUCAAUGUAUGCAUAAUAGUUUUAGAAGUGCAUUGCAUUGAAGUUGUUUGUAAACUGGUGAAGCACAAGGUCAGAAAUCAAGAAGUCAGUAUGUCCCUGCGGAGAAAUUGGCUUAUGCCUCAGACAAGGAGAAGAGAAAGUAGUCAUUUACACGUGAGCCCACGUAAGACGUGAAGCUUAUUCAUAAAAGACUUGAGUCUGGAACUGAGGGUUCUCCAAAGCUUUGAACUGCCUGAAGCCUGCCUGAGAAAAGUAAAGACUCAAUGUUAAAUUUAAGGUGCAUAGCCUUUCACAAAUUCCUUUGGAACAGAAAGAUGGAUUAAACAGGCUUGUGUUUGUUAGCCUAAUCUACUUGCAGAUUUUGUAAGCAAACUAUUGAUUCCAUUCACUGGAAAUUCAGCUUAAACAGAAUAAAAUAUUUAUCCUACUCCUUGAA